AUGUCAGGAUGGUGGCCACAUGCAAUGAGUUUGGAAUACCAACCUCCAUCCGUCGAUAAUGAAAAUCAGGAUUACGAUUACGUAGAAUUCGUCGAUAAUGAAAAUCAGGAUCACAUAGAAUUCGUCGAUAAUGAAAAUCAGGAUUACGUAGAAUUCGUCGAUAAUGAAAAUCAGGAUUCCGUAGAAUUCGUCGAUAAUGAAAAUCAGGAUUCCGUAGAAUUCGUCGAUAAUGAAAAUCAGGAUUCCGUAGAAUUCGUCGAUAAUGAAAAUCAAGAUCACAUAGAAUUCGUCGAUAAUGAAAAUCAGGAUUCCGUAGAAUUCGUCGAUAAUGAAAAUCAGGAUCACAUAGAAUUCGUCGAUAAUGAAAAUCAGGAUUACGAUCACAUAGAAUUCGUCGAUAAUGAAAAUCAGGAUUACGUAGGAUUCGUCGAUAAUGAAAAUCAGGAUUACGUAGGACUCGUCGAUAAUGAAAAUCAGGAUUACGUAGAAUUCGUCUAUAAUGAAAAUCAGGAUUACGUAGAAUUCGUUGAUAAUGAAAAUCAGGAUUACGUAGGAUUCGUCGAUAAUGAAAAUCAGGAUCACAUAGAAUUCGUCGAUAAUGAAAAUCAGGAUCACAUAGAAUUCGUCGAUAAUGAAAAUCAGGAUUACGUAGAAUUCGUCGAUAAUGAAAAUCAGGAUUACGUAGAAUUCGUCGAUAAUGAAAAUCAGGAUUACGAUUACGUAGAAUUCGUCGAUAAUGAAAAUCAGGAUUACAUAGGAUUUAUCGAUAAUGAAAAUCAGGAUCACAUAGAAUUCGUUGAUAAUGAAAAUCAGGAUUACGUAGAAUUCGUCGAUAAUGAAAAUCAGGAUUACGUAGAAUUCGUCGAUAAUGAAAAUCAGGAUUACGUAGGAUUCAUCGAUAAUGAAAAUCAGGAUCACAUAGAAUUCGUCGAUAAUGAAAAUCAGGAUCACAUAGAAUUCGUCGAUAAUGAAAAUCAGGAUUACGUAGAAUUCGUCGAUAAUGAAAAUCAGGAUUACGUAGAAUUCGUCGAUAAUGAAAAUCAGGAUUACGUAGGAUUCAUUGAUAAUGAAAAUCAGGUGAUCAACAUAGAACUUCGUCGAAAUGAAAAAUGCAAAAAUCGUAUUAACGUUAGAAUUCGUUCGAUAAAUGGAAAAUCAGGAUCACAGUAG